UAGAUCAUGUAUCGCUUGCCACGUAUAUGCAACAAUGAUCACUCAAGGAUUUAGGCUUGGAUUUAGCGUGUCCAUAAGUUGUAUUUACAUUGGAAUAAAUCUACAGAAGUAUGGGAUAUAUGGGAUUAUAUGCAUUGCUUCUCCUUAAUAUGGUCUACUUCUCUAUUCAGCAACAAAUGACGGUCACAACAUUGAUUGGUUCCAGUGUAAGACUCUCGUGCGCAUGUGCCAAAUCCAGGUCCUCCCAAACUUCCGUCAAAUCACCGAUUACAUGGACAUUUACGUCACGAUCUGGCGGACCAAUCCGCGUCGCCCAUUGGAAUGGGAUAGACAAGAAUGACGUAUCAUAUGCAUCGGCCACGAAAUAUCACAUGGUGACAUCUAAUUGGUACCAAGGUGAUCUUAUAGUCUACUACGCCUCGCUUGCAGAUCAAGGGAACUAUACAUGUGAGAUCGUGGAACAGUGUACGGUUUCACUUGAUAUAAAUGUCCCCGUUUCAAAGGUCAUGAUAACUUUUAACAGAGGGCAAUUCCUUAAAAAUGGUGACGUCUUGACAAUUGAGGAACACAACCUCGCUUUUUUCAAGUGUUACUCGUUUGGCGCCAAACCAGCUGCAAACAUCACGUGGUCAUUCUCUCGUCGACCAAUCACGUUCGAGGUUUCACGUGUUUCGUUCAGCAGCUACACAUACAGAGGUCUUUUUGAUUCUAUCAGUACACUGAAAAUAAGGCGGACUUCUGUGCUUGGGUAUCUACGCUUGACAUGUUGUGGUCGUGGGUCUGGUUCCUCAAUGGCCAAUUCUUCGGUCAUCCUUCGUACUGUAGCUCCCCUUACCCCUCCAACGAUCACUGGAGGUACAAACAUUACCCUCGCUACCAUCCGUCGAUCCGUCAUCUUAACCUGCUCCACCAUAAACUCCUACCCUGUGGCCGUCAUCCGAUGGUAUGUUGGAGGGAUGGAGCAUCCUGGUACCAGUCAUCAUCGGGAGAGACAUGGGCGUUUCGAUGUGACGAGUUACCUUGAGUUGGUAGUUGAUGGUGAGGACGAUGGCCUAGAGGUUGUCUGCAAAGUAUCGUCGCCAUUGAAGACUGUCGAGAAGGCAGUUAAACUGACUGUUUUUGCCCCUCCCCUGAGCCUGACGGUCAACUGGACGGAGAGCCCUGUGACAGAAGGCGAAUCAUUGACGGUUCUCUGUACUGCACACGGCGCCAAUCCAGCGCCACAUGUCUACUGGGAAAAGCAAACACACAGAAUCAAGGACACCUUACGGCAAAAUGAAAGUUUGCUCCACCUAUCUCACGCGACCAGAAGAGACGCGGGCCGCUACCGUUGCCUUGCUGAAAACCAGAUCUCCUCUGCUCCUUUCAUUACCAGUUUUACACUUCUCAUAUUCUAUGAACCAGUGAUUUUAACUAAACUGCGAACCGUGAUUAUUCCGCAACAGAGGAGAUCUGUCAACAUAACGUGUGUUGCAGAAGCAAUACCACCCCCUGUGAUCGAAUGGACUAGUCAAUAUUACGUUACCAAUCUCUCUCGACCAAUUGAACUGAUUUCUGGGACUGUGAUAGUAGGUAUCCUGGAGAUACCUGGAAAUCGAGGCGAUCUGCCUCUCACAAACCACGUCAUGUGUUCAGCAAGUAAUAUUGUUGGAAGAACGUCAUGGACAAUAGAAAUAAGAUAUGAGCAAGUUUCAGAUGACGAUAGAGAAAACUUCAAUGUGCCAACCGAGUCGACAGAGGACCUACCUACACUUUGUGGAGGUUAUCCAGAUGAUAGCACAAAAGUACCCAUAGAGCGCCCUCUACUGAUUGCCACGAUAUCAGCCUGCUUUCUUUUCCUGCUAGUUGCUGUCUUGUGGUAUACAAGAAGGCGAUUAAAAAUGGACGAAUUUUGGCUUGUUCGAAGAGACGGUUUCUACGUUGAUAUGACAAGAAGACGUGCUGGGGUACCAGGAAUAUCAACUGUGAAUGAAGAAAUAGUGAGUACCACGACUAGUCCACGACUUACCCCUUCAUCGGGUGCAUCUAUUCGAUUUGAGUUCGUCUCACAGCAAAGCGUAGAGAACACAUACGACUCGAUACCGGUAGUCAGUGCAAUGCCAACUGCUAUACCAAACGCAUUGCAACCAAGAAGAAGGAGGGUACAUUCAGAUGAUGGGUAUUACUACGACGUGCCUCCCCCACCCCGUGGGUUCGACACCAUCCGCCGGGUGCAGUCCAGGCAAUUACCCAACAUACCCACUGUGUUUGUUCCUCCUGAAACCAUGCAGGCUGUUCUAAGAAGUCUUAGCCGAGACGCGGGUGAGAUGGAGAGGCCCUCGUUGACACUGGAGCAACAGCCCGGUGGACGCUCGGAGACAAUCAUCAGAGAAGAGGUCCAGCUUUUCAAGAAGAAUCAACUCCGAAGGGUUCUUUCUCUGUAAAACAUUUAAUCUGAGGCCAUCUUUGUCAAUCCUCAAGCCCGCCCUCAAGAAGGUUCGGACUCUAGAUAAGAACGACCGACGUGGUGUUGACGUAGAUUAGCUAGGGCAGGGGUUCUCAAACUUUGUCUUUGAAGGGCCAGAUGAGUAAACCUGAAAGGGCCAGGGUAAAGUGGACACGUAAAAGAAAAAUGUGCGCGAAGCGAAAUGACCCUUGCAGUCGGGGUCGUCCUAGAUGCUCUCUUGUGCAAUCUGGCCCUUAUUUUGGGAGCAUUUAAUCCAACAAAUUUAUAACAGUUUCAUAUGGAACGCAGGCAAAAUCAGAAAAGAUUUCAAAACACCGCGAGAGUCAAUAUCAAUUAUAACAAAAGUGUAGUACUUUGUUAAAAUGAAUCUAGAUUGUACAUAUACAUACCUGGUAUGGGGAGACAAUAAUUUCUUGAAGUAUCAAUAUUUUUUGUAGUCAAAGUAGAAUGAAUAAUAGAGCAGUUGUAGACUCUAACAAGGAUGUCAGUCUCCUAGUCGCAUUCAAUAUGGGAAAAGUGACAGUGUCAGCAAAAAGUUGCUUGAACCUUGGCACAAAAGGUGUAAUUGCCAGACGAAGGCAUGCACUGGUGCAAAUGUUCACUGGUCAAGCAGGGGUCGCGAAAGCGGGCGGUUGAUUCACCCCCCCCCUCACAAUUUUUUUUUCCAAAACCAUG